AUGUGAAACACCAAAUUUUGGAGGGAAAACGAGAACAAUAUCUUUGMUGUUUUCGUGUUUUCUACUUUUGUUCCUUAGGUAUUUGAGUGAUUUUAAGAUCAACAAUUCUCCGAUCGAAGUAUCGAACUAGAUAAUUUUACCUUUGGGAGUUCGAUUUCACCACACAGCAAGUACAGUACAUAAAUCGAAUUUGAGAAAACUGGAGUAAGAAUGGGGACGAAACGAAGAAGACGAGGAGAUGGAGGGAUGGAAGAGAAUACGAUGGCCAUCCUCGACACUUCUUGUUUCAGCAAAUCUACUCAGCAUGUAGCCGAUGACAGGCUAUCUUUUCUUGAAGCUGUUCGUUCUGGUUUCCUUGUUCCCGAAAAUGCUUCUGCACCCACCAACAAAAUGUACAAGGCAAUUUUCCAAAUUCUGAAAGUAGAGAAUUCACUGGAUUUGAUAAUGUCAAGCUAUCAACUCUUACUCGAGUUAGAUAAGCGCUUCCCUCAGGUGUCUCUUUCCGUAGCUGAAAAAUCAGAAUCAUCUUCACCUUCUUCCCCCCAGCGUAAUGAACUAGUUGUGGUGGAAGAGGCAUGGUCUCCAUUUUCAUUUGGCCCAGAUGUCUCUUCUUGUGAGAAACAAGAUUUGGAUAAAGUUGGUGGAUCACUUGAUGCCAUUGCUUUUCAUCUUCUAAUAGGAGAUCUUGCUAAAGUGGCAGAGGAAGCAAAUACCAAAACACUAGACUCAAAGCCUCUUAGGAAUAUGUUACUAUUCCAGUAUCUUGUCAAUGUCCUUGAAGGAGACUUUGUACCCCGUAAUCUGGCUUUUUCAGAAAGCUUUGAUUGGAUCUAUGUGAGGGAGUCGUUGCUCAAUAUGAUUCUGGUAUCACGGAAGAUAGCAUACAAAGGACUAAUCCAAGAUUGUUUGUCUGCUAUUUUUGAACUGUCCCAAUUUUCUAUGGACUGUAGCCAUGAUGUGAGAUCUCCAGAAACUAAAUUGGAGGAAGUAACUGGAAAACGUCAUACUGCUUUUGCCCUUGCUUUACCUGAAAUAGUAAAGUGCACAUGUGUUGCUGUUCAGAAACUUCUAUUGAUGAUCAUCGAGCUGGAUUCAUCUAAGAAAGCUGCUGAUAUGGAGGGUCAGACUACCAGAGCAGAUGGUGUAAGAACCCCUGCCAUAGAGAUUAUCUUGGAUGAACUUACUUAUGACAAAAAUAUAUUAUUCCCAUUCUUUCAGGCGUUGGACAAACCUAGACUGAAGCUGGAUAUGAUUGUUCAGUAUCUACUAAAGUACAUUCCGAAGACAUCUGUUCGCACCAGGAGGUCUAAUGGUUCAACAAAUGAUUCAACAUUUGGUGGAGUAUUAAAGUGUUUUUCAAAUGGAAACAGCACAAAAAGCAUCGUAAAGAAGAUUAGUACAGAAGUAGCUCAAUUGCUUUUAGCACAAGCUUUUCAGGCAUACAUUUCAUUACCAUCUCAGCACUCAACUGAAUAUAAGGAAGACAUUGCUGGCAACUCUCUUCCAGAGAUCUGCAAUAGUAUGAUCUCAGCCUUCACAUGUCUUAAAAAAACAAAUGAGCACACAGAGAUACUGCCAUUUGGGAAAGAGGCACUUUUCACAGCUGCAAUUAUGCUCUCAAGAAGCUCAUAGGAGUUUUUGAUUCAUGCGGCAGUCGUUGGCAUUGUGGUGAUCGGGGCAACAAGAGUUACGGUUCAAAGAUCAGAAAACGUCUUUUGAAGAUGAUGAUCUCUUUGUUCAAGGUUAAAUUGGGUUUUAAAGAUUCGUUUUGAUUUCUAGGUCUGUUUUUGUGUAUAUUAAGUUUGUACCAAC